AGCAAUUAUUUGACCUUUCCCCAAUUCCUUAGGUUCCCGAAACGCCUGCCCGUCUCCGAGCUCCCCUCUUUCCCAAUCCGGUGCCGAGGAAUUCUGUUGCCGCAAUUGAUUCCUCGAUCGUUUAGAGUCCGAACUCGAUCCUUCCACCCACGAUCCAUCGAUCGAUCGCAGGAAUCCUAAACUCUCGAUGGCCAACAGCUCGUUCAAGCUCGACCACCCCCUCGAAAAAAGGCAGGCUGAGGCUGCACGAAUCAGAGAGAAGUACUCCGAUAGAAUUCCCGUGAUUGUUGAGAAGGCUGAAAGGAGUGAUAUACCAGACAUUGACAAGAAGAAGUACCUAGUUCCUGCAGAUUUAACAGUUGGACAAUUUGUUUAUGUUGUUCGGAAGAGGAUUAAGCUCAGUGCAGAGAAGGCCAUCUUUAUUUUUGUCAAGAACACAUUACCACCUACAGCUGCAAUGAUGUCUGCCAUCUAUGAAGAACACAAAGAUGAAGACGGUUUUCUUUACAUGACAUAUAGCGGCGAGAACACAUUUGGUCGCUUUUAAGAUGAUCUGGCAUGUGCUAUCCUUGUAAAUAAAAUAAUGAACGCAAAUGUGCAUAUUUCUGACAUUGGUUAAAUUUCUGCUCUUUAGAUGUAGCCUCAUAAAGCUGGGCUGUCAAUCUCGCUACUUUCAACUCUGGAAUUAUAACUAUUACUUCCACACAAGUUCAUGUCAGCUUCAUGGCAUAUGACAUUUUUUUGUUGUUGGCUA